CCGAGCUACACAUGGAGAGACUCGGGCUACCAGGGGGGAGGCAGAGAGUCGGAGCCCGCUCCCGCCUCACCACCAACUUUUAGUCCCAACCGAUGGAAGUCAGUAAUCCGAUAUGGCAAAACGCAGCUCGCUGUUCCUUCGGAUCAUUGAAGGAAAGAAACUGCCAGCCAAAGAUCUAACAGGAAGCAGCGAUCCAUACUGCAUCGUAAGAAUCGACAAUGAGACAAUAAUCAGAACUGCAACAAUAUGGAAGACCCUGUCUCCCUUCUGGGGCGAGGAGUACAAUGUUCAUCUGCCCAGCACCUUUCACUCCAUUUCCUUUUAUGUGAUGGAUGAGGAUGCAAUCAGCCGUGAUGACGUUAUUGGGAAAGUUUCGAUAGCCAAGGAUGUUCUUACUGCCAACCCGAAAGGUGUGGACAGUUGGAUGUCUCUGAGUGAGAUUGAUCCAGACGAGGAGGUCCAAGGGGAGAUCCAUCUUCGGAUCGAGAUUUGCAGUAAUAGCUCAACACCAAAGCUGCGUUGCCAUGUGUUUGAAGCCAGAGACCUGGCUCGGAAGGAUCUGAACGGAGCCUCGGAUCCCUUCGUCAGAGUGCAGUACAAUGGGAAGACCCAGGAGAGCUCUGUUGUGAAAAAGUCCUGUUAUCCCCGUUGGAACGAGGUCUUUGAUUUUGCCCUGGAUGAUGCCAUGGCUGAGAACACGUUGUAUGUGGAGGUGUGGGACUGGGACCUGGUCAGUAAAAAUGACUUCCUUGGAAAGGUGGCGUUCAACAUUAACAAGCUCCAGAUGAUCCAGCAGAAGGAAGGCUGGUUCCUGCUGCUUCCUGAUAAGGCACGAAGGAGUGAGACUGAGGGCAACCUGGGUUCACUGCGUCUGCAGCUGCGACUGCGGGAUGAGAGCGUCCUUCCUUCCAGUUACUACCAGCCCCUCACUGAGCUACUGCUCCAGUCGGUUACAACCAACAACGGUGAGAAGGGGAACCUGCUGGCACUGAUCGAUGAGCUCAUCACCACUGAGAACAGACAGGAGGUCGCAACCAAUUUGGUUAAACUCUUCCUAGGGCAAGGGCUGGCAAAGCAAUUCUUAAACGUUGUCAUUAAAUUGGAACUGGACAAAACGACUGAACCAAAUACAUUAUUCCGAAAUAAUUCCUUAGCUUCCAAAUCCAUGGAAUGCUUUUUAAAGGUGGCUGGAAUGCAAUAUUUGCACAAUAUCCUUGGACCAACCAUAAAUCGGGUGUUUGAAGAGAAAAAGUAUGUGGAGCUGGAUCCCAAUAAAGUGGAAUUCAAGGAAGCAGGUUGUUCAGGGCUCCACCGGUGCCAGACUGAGGUGGAUAUAAUUCAACAGAGUGUGCAGUGUCUCCAGUCGUAUCUGACAGAGCUGGUUGAAGCCAUUGUGACCUCAGUGGAACAGUGCCCUUCUGUGAUCAGAGCUACCUUCAGAGAGCUCUUCAAAAGUGUGGAGGCGAGAUUCCCUCAGGAUCGCUACCAGAACAUCAAGUAUGUGGCAGUCACCAGCUUUCUGUGCUUACGGUUCUUCUCACCAGCCAUCAUGUCUCCCAAGCUGUUUUACCUUCGACCCAAGCAUGCGGAUGCACGGACCAGCAGGACGUUGCUGCUUCUGGCUAAGGCAAUCCAAAGCAUUGGAAACCUGGAUGCCAAUGAAGCUCGGGGAAAAGAAAUUUGGAUGGCACCACUACAGCACAAUAUUCAACAAGGGGUUGCAUUCUUUAAGGACUUCAUCAUCAAGCUAAUUGACAUUGAGGAGGAUCAAGAGCUGGAUUGUCAAAAACGAUUGAGACUGCAGACGACAUCUACCAUUAAAGAAGGAUACCUGUUAAUGCACCGAGCCAAGGAAAGAGGGAUCCUAACGUCAUCUCACUUCAAAAAGCAUUAUUUUUGCUUGAACUGUGAGGCACUGUGUCAUUCCAAAAUGCCGAAUGCAAAGAACAGUGCAUUUAUUCCACUGUCCAAGAUUAGAGCAAUAGAGAAAGUUGAUGAGAAGUGUUUUGGCAGCCCAUAUGUCAUGCAGAUCAUUUCAACGGAUGGCAGAGGACAAUUUGAGAUCAUGUACUUACAGUGUAAGAAUGUGAAUGAACUGAAUCAGUGGCUAUCCUCACUGAGGAAAUACUGUGUCAGCAAUGAACAAAUGCUGAACUCUUACCACCCUGGAGUCUUCAAAGGGGAGAAGUGGAGCUGCUGCCACCAGAAGGAGAAAACAGCUCCGGGAUGUGACAAGACCCAUUUUGGUGUGACGCUCCAGGAGUGGAACGAUCCAUUUAAUCCUGACUUAGAAUCCCAUCUGAUCUACAGGCAGCUGCUUGCAAUCCGGGAUACGUUAACACAAAAGUACGUGGAAUGCAAAGAGAGAAAUGAUGCCCCUGUCAGUUCCAGUGAAGGGACCAACAUGAUGGACAUCCCUAACAAAUUGUUCCAAAUCAUCCAGGACCUGGAACGGGCUCACCGGAAUUUUGAGCGUUGGGAGACGUCAAUGACCAAGAACAUGUCUGUCGAACUGCUCACAUAAUUUUAUCAGAAGAGGAAGUGUACUUGAGGUUGAUUUGACUAAUGUUUCUGAUUUCAUAAAAUAUUUUUAUUACUACA